UAUCGAGCAAAUAUAAUCAUUACUUGGCCGAGUUCAUACAGUUUGUGUCUACUAAAGCCUUUCCAAAGGUAAGUUCAGUCUAAAAAUUUCAAUUUGUUUAUGGUUUUAAGAUGGGAGUGUCCCUUAGCCCUUCGUAGGUCCUCUGUGCGAGGAAUAUUUCCCAAUACAUAUGCAUAAUACUAUUCCAGUACAUACAGUCAAUCAUCUGCAGCAUUUCACAAAAUGGAUGUUAACAUGGCAACUGGAGCGUAAUGUAGCAAUUCUCAAACGAUCGCUAAGAGAAGAGAUCUUAUUACAGCAGACGCAUUGCUUGCUUUCCCAGCUCGGGUAUAACAUUUAAAAGAGAAAACUAGUGGCAAGCUCAGUUUCUGGUGUAAGGUUUCGUCUAGAAAGCCAUUUUGAUUUCGUGUAAAAAUCCUUCUAAACAAUCACGAUUCCUUCCACAGUAUCUCUCAGAUAUUCCCAAAAUCAUGACUCUUCUUGAGGUGAAGAUUCUUUUGUCCUGUGUUUUUCUGAUAUACACCAACGUGGAAGCGGCUCGACCGCCAAAGGUAAGACAAGUGCAAAAACUGUUCAGAAUUUUGUGAAACUCAAUGAUAAAGCGUCAGAUUGCGGAAACAGAACGAUCAGGAUUCGAUUCCUCGUUGGAGGUUAUAUUUUUUUCUCUGUCCAUCACUCUUAAGAAGUAAAUACUCGUAUAUUUUUCAUUGACAAUCCAGCUUUUAUUUUAUCACCUUUCUUUAAUAACUUAUGUCCUUCAUUCACUUCAAUAAGAGGACAUUAACUAUUGAUUUUAGGCAUUGCUAUCUGUUUCAACCAUUCUAUCACAGACAGUUUUUGCUAUCUGUCAUAAUCAAGUUCUACAUUUGUUUAAAAAAUACUUGACUUGUCUAAAUCUUUUUCAAAGGAGGAUUUGAAAACUUGAGUCGUAAGUCAUCCUAUAAAAAUAUUCAUAGACAAAAACUCUAGUCUUUAGAAGAUUGAGAUGUAGUCGAGUACCCGCAAAUGUGGGUUAGAAAGUUUAUAUUCUACUGUACAAAACUAAUACUCGCCUUUUUUAGCUUAUUGUAGUUCCAUGAUCAGCCUCUGGCUCACAUCGAGGCCACCGAGAAAAAAUUAACUCACUAUAGCGUUGGGCAAGGUUGUUUCAAUCUUUUCUUGUUGCUUCAACGGCUUUCUCAGUUUUACUAAUAUUCAACUCGAAAAUUUCCUUACAGCGAUUGCAAACUGGGAUGCGGGAAAUGUGCACAGCCAUCUCGAGGGCGGCAUGCAAUACAGUCAUGGACGUCUGAUUGUGCCUCAAGAUGGAGAGUAUUAUGUUUACGAACAACUGUUCUUUCGCAGCAGCGGGAGAGUGCUGAUUCGCAAGGGUCACCACGAAGUUAUCACCAUGCUUCAACAUCCCGACAACGUACCACAAGGACCCCAAUAUGCAGGAGGAGUGUUUUAUCUUGAGGCUGGUGACACCCUAGCGUUACAAACCGCGACAUCUGUCUCACUUUACAUGGCGACUGCUCACUCUUACUUUGGAGCGUUUCUGAUUGAGUGAGCUUCAAAAAAGCGCGUAAAAGCCUUGAAGGAAAUUGUACCAUGAUAUCAAUAAAGAAUAGAAUGAUAUCAAAAAGGCUAUGCUGUGUUGUAAUCUUUAAGAAAGCAACAAAUCCCUAAAGAAACAGCGGUCACAGUUUAAACAGGAACCACUGAAUUUCCGACUGAAGCCCCGAUGCAUCAACAACAUUCAGCGGCAUUGCUUAUCGUUCAUGCAAAAAAAGCACGAGUUCCUUGCAUGAUAUAACACAGCUUUUCGAUCACGUAGCCUGUCGAGGUUUUUCCUUCAAAACAGUUUCUUAGUUACAUGGUAGAAUCCUAGUUACCGGUAAACAGUCUCUCUUUAAAGAAAAUCUCUUGUCUUCCUGGAUUCUGUGCCGGUUUAUUUGUUUCUUGAAUCAUUUUGUCUCUUAAUU